AUGGAAUAUUCGGAGGAGGAAUCAUCUUAUAGAACCAUCUUUUGGGAUACACCGGGUAUCGAAUCUUGGCACGAACUUGAUGUACGUCGUCACAUAACUUCAUUGAUUGAACAUACUCAUCCGAUUUGUAUGAUUUAUUGUGCAUCACCAGGUUCAUUUGCUAAAUUAGAACAAGUCAAGUGGCUACUGUUGGAAUGUCAUCGUCAAAAUAUAUUUAGUGCUGUUGUCUGUACGAAUAUGUGGGCUGGCCGAAAUCGUCGAGAACUUGUAAAUGAAUUAUGUGAAAUUAUUCAAAGUGUUCAUCCAACUAUAGAACCACGAGAAGAAGAUGGUGUUAUAUAUUUUGAUCGAGUUACUCUGUGUAUGAUGGUCAAUAGUGAGACGUAUAUUGAUGAAGAAUUUGAUCUUACAAAAUCUCCAUCUGGUAUCAACGAACUUAUCUUUGAUUCAGUAACAGAAAGUCAACUAAAACUCUCUUUAGCAUCUCUUGGAGCUACUAGUACUCAAACUACAGAAUCAAUAGAUCAAUAUCAAACAAGAAUUAUUGUCAAGUGUGUUAUUUGA